GGUUGAAGACCGACUGCCGGCGGCAGCGGAGUCGCGGGUUCGUCGUUCAUGGCCGCCGCGCUCUUCGUCGCAGCGAACUCGAACCCUACGCCUAACCCCGCCCCCUCCCUCCACCCCCAGCAGCGUGCCGUCUGCUGUGUGCUCCGCUUCCCCCGCCGCGCCCGCGCGCGAACCCAUCUUACUGCCGCGUUCGGGAGGGGAUCGCCCGUGGCGGCGCCCGAGCGCAGUGGGAAGGACUACUACGCCACGCUGAACCUCCGCCGCGAGGCCACCCUGCAGGAGGUUAAGACCGCGUACCGGACCCUCGCGCGGAAGUACCAUCCUGAUAUGAACAAGAGCCCUGGGGCAGAAGAAAAGUUUAAGGAGAUAAGUGCUGCAUAUGAGAUUCUAUCAGAUGAAGAGAAAAGAUCUUUGUAUGACCGCUUUGGAGAAGCAGGGCUCAGUGGAGAUUAUGGUGGUGGAGAUAUUGGCUCUCAUGGGAUUGAUCCAUAUGAACUCUUCAACACAUUCUUUGGUGGUUCUGAUAAAUGUUUUGGAGAUAGCAUGGGCCCUGGUAGAUUCCAUUAUGCUACAAAAGUCAUGGACAACAGGGCCCUUGAUAUUCGCUAUGAUCUUCUCCUUUCUUUUGAAGAAUCAAUAAUUGGAGGCAAACGGGGAGUCAACAUUUUUCGUUAUGAAACCUGUGGCACUUGCGACGGGUCUGGAGCUAAAUCCAGCAAUGACAUAACGGAAUGUACUCAAUGCAGAGGUCAAGGCAGGUUAAUGAAAACUCAGAGGACACCUUUUGGUAUAGUAUCUCAGAUAUCUUCUUGCUUAAAUUGUGAUGGGAGCGGGAAGGUAAUUACUGAAAAGUGCACUAGCUGCUGUGGAUCAGGCAAAGUCCAAGUUGAACGCAAUAUCAGGGUAGACAUACCUGGAGGUAUUCAUGAUGGUUCUGCUAUUCGGUUUACUGGAGGAGGUAGCAUUGAUAAUCAAAGGCGUACAAGUGGUGACCUAUAUAUAUUUGUUCAUGUUAAUAAAAAAGAAGGCAUCCACAGAGAAGGUCUUGAUCUAUUCUCAGAUGUCACAAUCGAUUAUACUGAUGCAAUUUUAGGAACCACAGUGAAGGUUGAAACAAUAGAGGGAUUCAAGGAUCUUUAUGUUCCUCCUGGCACUCAGCCUGGAGAGAGGCUAAAAUUUCCUCAACUGGGAGCUCCAGACAUUAAGAAGCCCACCAUUAGAGGAGAUCAUAACUUUGUCAUAAAUGUGAAGAUCCCGAAGACUAUCAGUAACCAUGAGCGAGCAUUAGUGCGAGAGCUUGCAGCACUGAAGGGGACUGGUGGUAUUUCUGUUCCAGGUGAAGAGACUGCAAAUGGAGGAAACUUGAGAGAGAGAGACUUACAUUCAUCCAUAGGGAAGAAAAGGCCCCUCUGGGGAUCUAUCAGGAAUUUAUUCAGGGGCGACGAUGGGGCUACGAGAUUUGCUUCAAUCAGCGGACGGUCUGUUACUCCAUUGUGGACUUCACAAAGAGGAUCUCAUCCGGCUUUUCUGUUGUUAGAAGGAUUCCUGAUGAUCUCAUUGCUCUUAUUCGUGUUACGCAGAACUCGUAUAAUCUGCCUGAUUCCAAAGCGGUAUAAAGCUAAAGAAACCGAGGAAGAAACUGGAAUUUUACAGUACCUACUGCCUAGCAGUCUUGAGCGGGGCAAAAACUCGGCUUUCAAUGAAGGAGCCCUACCGCGAGCCCUUCCGAACGAGACGGCGCGUCCCAGCGUCCGCCGCACCGGCCGCCCCUGCAACAAACCGGAUCCAUCACCAGCCAUGGCUCCCCUGCCACCGCCGCGCCCUCCCCACCGGAGCCCGCGGCGCGGACCCGCCGCCUGCUGCCUCCUCCUACUCCUCGCUCUCCCCCUCCUCCCCUCCUCCGCCGCCAAGUCCUCUCGCCGCCCCAUCACCGACAACGAGAUCCGGGAGAAGAAGGACGCCUGCUACACCGACGUCGAGAAUGGACUGUGGGGAUGGGCGUGCAAGUCGUCGGCGACGGAGAAGGAGAACUGCGUGCUGCGCUGCCUCUCGCCGGAGUGCUAUGAUCUCAUAUAUGGCGGCGACCCGCUUGAGGAAGGGGAGCUGGACUAUAUCCGUGGCCACGAGUACAAGUACUGCAUGCACAAGUCUUCCCUUGGUGAAAACUUGGAUGGUGUCAAGGGAUCCUUCAGUUAUUCAUGAAGUGCAAGGAAGUAAGAGCCGUGUUCUCCGAACCUGCUGUAAAUUGUAAUGCAUCUUAACCUCCUACGGUGUGUCAUUCUGUUUCACAGUCAACAAACAUGCAUACAUGAACUUUGUUAGUCAUUUAAUCCUCAUAUAUCUUUGCAAUA